AUGUUGGAACGCGGGCAGCAAGCGAAAGAAGCAGCAAGAUGCGACGAAAUCAUUCAGUUCAAACCAAACGGACCGGACAGUUUCUAUUCCGAUAAGCAGGGCGCGAGAGCCAAGCCUAAUGAAAGACUCAAGAAGGUAUUCGGUAUCGACAACGCUUUCACCAACCCUGAAUUGGGUUUUAAGAAAGACUUCACCACAAAAACCGAGUUUCUGAUGAAGAGCGCAGCAGGAUCGACAGAUGAAAAUAAAGAUGGCGAUUGGUCCGGCCUGCGCAUUCAAGCGAUGACCUUCUUCAGCGAAUACAUGGCAAGGAAGAGCGACACAGCGGUCGACUUAGCCGAGCUGACCCAGUACAUCGUCUUGAAGCAAUCGCUUUGUUAUCUCUUCAAAAACGCCCACGCAGCACUAGAGAGCCAGGACCUCUUUACCGACAUUACGUUCAUCGGCCAUCGAAUCAAUGAGCUAUGGAUCAAGAGCAAAAUCGCAGAAACGCUUCCUGAGGACCAGCAACCGGCAUGGGAGAAGGAAACUGAUCUACACAAAGCUUUACGUCGCGUGACUAAGUCUCCGGUACCGGGCGGUUUCGACUCCGACUCCAACUCCGAUGUUGAUCCAGAGGUGCCGGAAGCGAACCCCAUGAACUUCUUACUCCCCGCUUACGAAACUAUGUGGCGCGUUGUCUUACGUUGUUUUCUGGAGAUCAAGCAUCGAGGCGCAAACGGUGGUCCAGCGUGGACAUUGAGCUUGCUCCAGUAUCUCGAUGAUUUGAAGGAUGCCACAGCGAUCAACCCGACGAAAGCUUUCCAUAAGCCUACCGACAACCCGACUGAGACCGAUAUUGACCAGAUACGGCCCGUAGAGAUCGUCAAGGAAGCUCUGCGACUUUACCCUCCCACGCGUCGUGUACAUCGCGUAUUCGAUGGUCAAGCACAAUCCGCCGAUAUUGAGACUUGCCAGAGGUUUGAACUACUCGGAGGUAACGAUCCCCUUGUCUAUCGACCCGAGAGAUGGCAAAGCAUAUGCCUGGAGGCAAGGCAGAACUUCUAUGAGCAGCAGGGGAACUAUAAGACCAUCAAGGACGCCUUGAGGUCAGCUGAGGCAAAGGAAGGACACAUGCCGUUCGCGCAUUACUGCGCAGCCGAUCAUUCCAGUACAAGGGAAUUUGCCUCUAAGAUGAUCGCGCUACUGGUAGCAGUCCUCUGUCAUGGGCUUGGAGAUGUAUGGGAGUUGGAAGAUGCCGAGGUCUUGCCACCUAUUGGCACACCUCUUGAAUCUGACCGCUCCGCAUACGAGAAGCUGAUGUUGAAGCGCAAGACUUAG